GUGAGGUCGUCGAGUUUGCUCUGCAUGUUCGGUUGUGUUUGGGCGAGCAAAACAAUAUCGUCAGCCAGGUCAAGGUCGUUCAGUUGCUCCAUUGUUAAAGGAUUCCACGGCAAUCCUCGGUUCGGUGCACAGUCGAUCGAUCCAGUCAGAAUCUCAUCCAUUACGAUGAGGAAAAGUAGCGGUGAUAAGAUACAUCCUCGUCUCACUCCAGCAGUUACCGGGAUUGGUUCGGACAAGACACCAUCGUGCAAGACCUUGCACGAAAAUGCCUCGUAUUGUGCUUCGAUGAGAUGGACUAGUUUCUCUGGGACCCCUCGUCGCCUUAGAGCCGCCCAGAUGUUUUCAUGGUUAAGUCGGUCGAAUGCUUUUUCGAAAUCAACGAACACCAGCAGCAGAAGAGAGUCCUGGAAUUCGUUGAUUUGUUCCAGUAUGAUUCGUAGCGUUGUGAUGUGGUCCACACAUGAUCGUCCGGAUCGGAAUCCAGCUUGUUGCCGUCGGAGUGUAGCGUCGAUUUUCUCCUGGAUCCUGUUCAGAAUCACUUUGCAGAGUACUUUGAGGGUUGUACAGAUCAACGUUAUGCCUCGCCAGUUACCGCACUCUGUCAGGUCUCCUUUCUUCGGGACCUUUACGAGGAUACCCUGCAUCCAGUCGGCCGGGAAUGUUGCAGUAUCCCAGAUGUCAGCGAAUAGACGGUGCAACAUUUGUGCUGACAGGGCAGGGUCGGCUUUCAGCAUUUCAGCAGGGAUACAAUCGAUCCCAGGUGCUUUGUUGGAUUUCAUGUUUUUGAUUGCCGCUUCUAUUUCAGCCAGCGAGGGCGCUUCCGAGUUGACGCCAUUAAUGCGACUUACUGUUGGCGCUUCGAGCUGCGGGUUUUGUUGGCCAUCGCUAUUCGUGACUCGGAAGAGUUGUUCGAAGUGCUCAGUCCAUCGUUUGAGCUGAUCUGUUCGAUCGAUAUGCAUUUAACGAAGCCAAAAUUUUUCCGCGUGCAAUUGUUGGUACACAUUUCCAAACAUGUACUUAGUUGUUCAAACUAUCGAAGACAAAGGGCGCAAAGAACGAACUGCAGUCCCAGCAAGAUGGGUGGAAACUUCCAGCGGGGGCCAAUUUCUUCGUUGGCCAAAUAGUAAGUCCCAGUCAGAACUUUCUAAUUUGUUAAAGAAUCCAAUGUAAAAACCCACCGCUUCAUGGACCCGGAGCAGGUGUAAGAUCAAGAGAAAGGAUUUGAACACGCUGAAUGAGGCAGAUGCGUUUGUCGAAUCCAUGUCCGGUGAAUCCAGCACGGACUCCUGCAUUAAGGUUCAAGCCCUCCAGCCAAAUAUUGAUUGAUGAAAAUAGCCAUAUUGUCAAACUCCAAGCUGAUGAACAUUUUUCGAAAAAUAUUUACAACACAAACCGAAGUGGUUAACCAAAUGAAACUAGCCGACUUUUUCAGAAAAAGCCUAAAAAUGCUACUAAACGAUUAGCAAAUAUGGAGCAGAGACGUGGCGCUCGGAAAAUGCGUAUUAAAAACAAAAACCAUCGAAGAUUUUAACAUACCUAAAUGAUCCAAUCUCGAGUAAAGUUUAUUCUAUUGUUGAACCCUUCGAUGAUCAGGCCAGAGAUAAUUAUAGUAGUGAUUCAGAAUAAAUUUUUAUCUUUAAUUUUUCAUUUACUGGAUUCAUUUAAAACAAACAUGAAAUAAACAUU